UGUUCAUCUCAAAAUUAUUUUCAUCCUCGUUGGAGUCACAGGUCAGUCACAGGGGUGAUGCUAAAAUUGUUUUUAAAUGUGUUUAUUAAUCUUUGUGCUCCUCAUGUCAGAUGAUAAUGACCACAAUUAAAUGAGCCUUGUAAUAACCUACCCAGUGUUUAAUUCAUAAAUUGUGAAGCCAACGAUAAUUUGAUAUGAAUAUCUAUGACUUGCAGGCAAAAGGAAGAAAGAUUAUGGUUGCUGAGUGUAUCUGUUAAAAUACUGUAUUGUGUUCUUGUUGCAGGAGUUCACAGUGUAAUCACAGUCAGUAAAGUGUCAGUGAAGGCAGGAGAUUCAAUCACCAUCCCAUGUCGCUAUGGCUCAGAAUACAUGGACCAUGUGAAAUACUUGUGUAAAGGAUCUCACUGGAAGUUCUGUUCAUAUGCAGUUAAAACAAACCAACCACGUAGUUCAGGAAAGUUUUCAAUCUCUGACGACAAAAAACAGAGAAUCUUCACUGUGACUAUAAAAGAUCUGACGAAUACAGACACUGAUUACUGGUGUAUUGUGGAGAUUAAUGGAGGGGCAGAUGAUGGACAGUAUUUUCACCUGUCCAUCACCACAGAUACACCCAGCCUCUCUGUGGAUCAUCAGGAGAUUACAGGAUUUAUUGGAGAGAGUAUAAACAUCAGUUGUUACUAUAGAAACUCUGGACAAAGCGGGUUGUGCAGGUUGGGCAAGAACUGUGUGACAGGGUCAUCAGGAUCAAUAGAUGGAACAAGUGUGACCAUCAGUGCGACAGUCCCCAAUGUUUUCACUGUGACUAUGAAUGGACUGAAGACAGAGAGCAGCGGCUGGUAUUACUGUGUUAAAGGAGAAUUACAGAUGCCAGUUCAUGUCACUGUUACUGAGAGACCUACUACCUCCACACUUGCAACAAGAGGCUCAACCACCUUAUCACCCAUUGAUCCCGUUAUUCCAGAGCGCAGUGCUUCAAUUAACCUAAAGAGCCUCAUCAUCCCUCUGAGUGUGUUGAUCUUCAUUGUAAUAGUAUCCUUGUUCAUCUGGUUUAUGAUGAAAAAGCACAAGCAAAGCAACGCAAAGUCAUCAGCCAUGACAAUGGCUGAAGAGGGAGUAACAUACUGUAACGUUGGGUACAAGAGAGAAACUUCAGGCCAGAGAUCACAUGCUGAAAGUGACAUGGAUGUGAUGUACGACACUGUGGUUACCAUAAAACAACAAACAGCGAAAAGGGUUGAAGCGCAACAUAAUGAUGUUACAUACAGUACUUUGGCUCCGACCAGAUCAGUCAAUUAGUAGACAGUUUAUUUUUUUAAGACUACGGUGUUGCAAUUUGUUGUCUGCUGUUAUCAUUUUUGUGAUGAAACUACUUCCUUCAUUUUUGUCACUUUUUAAAAAAUUCUUCUGCAUAGCUGCAAAAUGUUACAACUACGCAUUGACCUAUUCGUUUGCCUAAUACUCAGCAAGACCAGCGACAACAUGUAUCUUGGUUUCAUUGUACUUUUUGUUAGAUGCAAAGCUCACAUUAAUACAUAUUCUUUUCUAUACUAAUCUUAUAAAAUACAACUGACUGUGGCCAAAAGCACAAGCUUGUUACAAAUGUUACAAUAAAAGUAAGAAGAGAAAAAAAACCUAUCAAAAGUCAUAUAUUGAAUACAAGUAAGAUGUACCACAACAGAUGCAUAAAUAAGAAGUGUGAAAGUGGAAUGAUGUUUUCGUUUGACUUUUAGAAAAACAUUAAAAAAAAUCUUAUUAUUCAACUGUAACUACCUCCAUAUUUUAAAUAAAUGAACACAUUUCAGUCCAUA